AAGCAAACUACAAUUAUGAAAUUAGAGCAAUUUAGAAAUGUUAUCCUUACUUCUGAUAGCAAUCCUUCUUUGGACUGAAGUGCAUGCAACAAAAGAUGGUGAAAUGAGAUUACUCUUAGUGCAAGCUAUGUGGCGCCACGGAGACCGCUCCCCAACUAAAACUUACAAAAAUGAUCCAAUCCGAGAGGCAAACUGGACAUUUGGCGGUGGCGGAUUUGGACAGUUGUCAACAAUAGGGAUGCAACAACAGUAUGAUCUCGGUAAACUGAUACGACAAAGAUAUAUCAACGAAACCGGAUUUCUAAGCAAGCGUUACUCUUCAAAAGAAAUCUAUAUUCGCUCGACAGACACAAACAGGACUAUCAUAUCAGCUUUAAGCAACAUUUUGGGAAUGUACGGUGGUACGGGUAUUGCCGGUACAGACUAUCCCAAUAAAACCGAUAGUUGGCCUGCUGGAUACGUUCCGAUCCCUGUACACACAAUUUUCAAGCCUACCGAUUAUGUAGGUAUUGUCGACGGGCCCUGCAACCGGCGCGUACAAUUGUGGAAAUUGGCGGAAGCAUCUCGUGAAUUGCAAGAUUACAAGAAUAGAGAUGAUGUAUCAAGAAUGCUUAAAUUUCUAGAGGAAAAAACUGGAGAACCUAUCCAUCUUGAUGACGUACACGUAGUCCGUGACCCGCUUUAUAUUGAGCAGAUACAUUUCAAAGAUAAGCUCAAGAAUGUCACGCCAUGGUUCAAUGACACUGUCUUCAAAGAGAUUACCAAGAUCUAUGAUCAAACAACUCGUUAUCUAAAUGGCCUCUUUGAGCAGCAAAUAAUGGUGAACGGUCUUGAUAUUGGACUCGAGUUGAUGCGAAUACGAGGAGGGGCUUACAUCAAUGAACUUGUCACACAUAUGAACCAAAAGUUCGAUUGUCAGGAAAGCGAUAAAGCAGAAUGCAAAUGGAUGAAAGGGCUCAAAUAUUACGCUUAUUCCGUGCAUGAUUCUACGAUUUUCCAACUCUUCGCCAUAAUGGGGAUUGAGAGAAAAGUAAUUACACCAGGAGUUUACCCAGAGUACGCCGCGGCUGCAUUUUUCGAGUUAUGGCAUAAUGAAACCGACAAUCAGCCAUACUUCAGACUUCUUUAUCGUGCGAAUGAAACUUCCCCAAUCUAUCCAAUCACAAAAGAAAUCAAUGAAUGUAACGGUAGAGAAUAUUGUACCUUGCAAGUAUUCAGAGAUUUUGCGGAAAAAGUCAAGAUCUACAAACCAGUACCCGAGCUUUGUGAAGUGGAUCCGAACAAAGAAGGCGCAAACUCUACGAAAUCUCGAGUGCAGAUUUCAUUUGGUUUCAUCGCGUUGCUCUUCAUUUGGAUGACGAUAUGAGCCGAAGAAUCCAAAGUUCGAUGAUCUAGCAAAAAUGUUUCAAUCUCGUUAAAUAAAGCAAAGCUAAAAUUGGU